AAAAAAAAUCCUUCCCGCGCCCUCUCACCAACCGGCCCGGCCGGCCUUCACUUUUGUCUCGUAGUCGUCAUCAUCAUCCAAGAUUCUCCACUUCUUCUCCUCCUCCUCCAUUAAUUAACCGCUAAUCACCAUUCCAUUAGCUUAAUUAACACGCUUCCUCCUCACUCUCACUCUAAUCCUCCAAUGGCCUCCAAAUUUCCCACCUUUUCGCCGGCCUUCACAAUCCUCCUUACUAUCCUCUUCCUCGACUUGGCUUACUCGUCCACCGUCGGUGUCCGACACAUUUCGCGCCUUCUCGAAAUCCAGGACCGCGAGAAGGCGCCGCCGUACGUUCAAGUCGCUGCCGCUCGCGGAGUCCUCCGCCGCCUCCUCCCCUCUCACUCUUCCAGCUUCGACUUCCAAAUCGUCUCCAAGGAGCAAUGUGGGGGUGCAUCUUGCUUUAUGAUCAAGAACAAUCCUUCUUUUCGCAGACGCGGGGAUCCUCGAAUUCUAAUUUCUGGGGUCACUGGAGUGGAGAUUUUGGCUGGUCUGCACUGGUACUUGAAGAAUUUGUGUAAUUCACAUAUAUCUUGGGAUAAAACUGGUGGUGCGCAACUAUUUUCAGUCCCGAAAUCAGGGUUGCUCACUCCGGUGCAAGAUGCCGGCAUUUUGGUCCAGAGACCUGUUCCUUGGAACUACUACCAGAAUGCUGUUACUUCCAGCUAUACAUUCGCCUGGUGGGAUUGGGAAAGAUGGGAGAAGGAGAUUGACUGGAUGGCCCUUCAAGGGAUCAAUUUGCCACUAGCAUUUACAGGGCAAGAGGCUAUUUGGCAGAAAGUUUUCCAGCAGAAAUUUAAUAUGAGCAAAUCAGACCUGGAUGAAUUUUUUGGAGGCCCCGCUUUCCUUGCUUGGUCUCGUAUGGGAAAUUUGCAUGGAUGGGGCGGACCUCUACCUCAAAGUUGGUUGGAUCAACAGCUGAUUCUGCAGAAAAAGAUUCUGGUCAGAAUGUAUGAACUUGGAAUGACUCCAGUCCUUCCAGCCUUUUCUGGAAAUGUUCCUGCAGCGCUCAAAACUACAUAUCCAUCAGCGAAGAUAACACGCUUAGGAAAUUGGUUUUCUGUUAAGAGUGAUCCUAGAUGGACCUGCACUUACCUUCUUGAUGCAACUGAUCCGUUGUUUGUUGAAAUUGGGAGAGCAUUCAUUGAUCAACAAGUAAAAGAGUACGGCAGGACUAGUCACAUAUACAACUGUGAUACUUUUGAUGAGAAUACUCCACCUGACGAUGCUCCGGAGUACAUAUCUUCGUUAGGUGCAGCAAUCUUUAGGGGUAUGCAAAGUGGAGACAAGGACGGUGUCUGGUUAAUGCAGGGGUGGUUAUUUUCAUACGAUCCAUUCUGGAGGCCUCCGCAAAUGAAGGCACUUUUACACUCUGUUCCCGCGGGGAAGCUGGUAGUACUUGAUCUGUUUGCUGAAGUGAAACCUAUAUGGAGUACUACGGAGCAGUUUUAUGGUGUUCCUUACAUCUGGUGUAUGCUGCACAAUUUUGCAGGAAAUGUUGAGAUGUACGGAGUUUUGGAUGCAAUAGCAUCUGGACCAAUCGAUGCUCGUAUAAGUGAAAACUCAACAAUGGUUGGUGUUGGAAUGUCAAUGGAAGGUAUAGAACAGAAUCCUGUUGUUUAUGAUCUCAUGUCUGAGAUGGCUUUUCAACACAACAAAGUUGAUGCUAAGGCCUGGAUUGAUCAAUAUUCUGCCAGACGUUAUGGCCGUUCAACUCCUUCAAUACAAGAUGCCUGGAAUAUACUAUAUCAUACCAUCUAUAACUGCACUGAUGGUGCCUAUGACAAAAACAGGGACGUGAUUGUGGCAUUUCCCAACGUUGAUCCAUCCUUAAUAUCAACACUGUCAGAAGGUCGUCAUCAAAAUGAGAAACCAGUAGCAGGAAGUGCAGUCCUCCAGGAAGUAACUGAUUCGUUCGAUCGACCUCAUUUAUGGUAUUCAACUUCUGAAGUAAUACAUGCAUUAGAACUCUUUAUUGCAAGUGGAGAUGAGCUCUCAGAAAGUAGUGCUUACAGGUAUGAUCUUGUUGAUCUGACAAGACAAGCCUUAUCUAAAUAUGCAAACCAGCUCUUUCUAAAGGUCAUAGAGGCCUAUCACUCAAAUGAUGUCCUUGGAGUGGCACGCGACAGCAAGAAGUUUUUAGACCUAGUUGAAGACAUGGACGCACUCUUAGCCUGCCAUGAUGGAUUUCUCCUAGGACCCUGGUUGGAAAGUGCGAAGAAACUUGCACAGGACGAAGAACAGGAAAAACAGUUUGAGUGGAAUGCUAGAACUCAGAUAACAAUGUGGUUCGACAACACAGAGGAGGAAGCAAGUCUGCUCCGCGACUACGGAAACAAGUACUGGAGCGGGCUUCUACGCGAUUAUUAUGGCCCUCGAGCAGCUAUAUAUUUCAAGUAUUUAACGAAAAGCUUGGAGGAGGGCGGCGAGUUUGGAUUGAAGGAUUGGAGGAGGGAGUGGAUAAAGCUGACGAAUGAUUGGCAAAACAGCAGGAAGACGUUUCCUGUGAAAAGUACUGGAAACGCUGUCAAGACAUCCCGGUGUCUUUUUGAUAAGUACUUAUUAGGAAGUGCUUCUGACAUACAACCACUUAAUGAAGAUGCUUAUCCGAGAUUGUAAUUAUAAUGUGUUUGAAUAAUAUGGAUAUGAAGACUUUGUGUGAUGGACUGCUGUUUUCUUCAGUAAUUAAACUAAUGAGAGUGGCAAUGCAUCCCAUUUCCGUCCA